AUGAAACGGGACACGCCAGUGUGGCUGACAAGCUUAGUUAAAAAUGAGCUGGUGAAAGUAGUGAAACAAAAUGAGAGGAAACAGCUUCAGCAGCAGAGCACUCAUCCUUUCUGCUCUCUGGAUAGGAUGCUGGUCAGUUCUAGUCGGUGCACAGAUGCUAUAUGUUUUUCCAACAUUUCUGACAAAAGUAACUGGCUAAUAAAGAAUUUUGGCAACUUCUCCAUGUACGCCACCUUGAAUGACCUGCCAACAUUAAACGCAAAUAUCUCCAGAUUUUUGGACCUGGUGCAGCUGCUGGACCUGCUGACCCCUAGCCAAGCAGCUGAACUCACCCUGAUCUCUGGUGUACUAAAUAGCACAAGCCAGAUUGACCUGGUGUUCAAUCGACUAGAGGAAAACGAUACUUUCACGAAUGUGGAUGAGUUUCUUACAGGCCUCGCUGAUCAGGUUAAAGACAUUAAUCCAGCAGUGAGAGAUGUGAUGAUGAAUCGAACCAUCAAGAUCAUCAGCACUGAGUUUGCACAGUUUCAGACAUCUAACUGGACUGACUGGUUUAAGGUUAAACUCAUCUCCCUCCUGCCCAGUUUCACCGCAGAGAUGCUUAUUGAUGCAGUAUCAAAUAUCAGCUGUACCAACUACCAAGUGAUCGUUGAGGCACUGAGCAACGUUUCUGUGAACAUGCCAGUAAAUAGAAAUCAGGCACUUGGGGCAGUUCUGUUGGCGUACCUAAAGCAAUCCACACAACAAAUAAAUCAAACAGCAUGCAGAGGGAUCAACCAGACAGAUGCAGACUGGCUCAGUGCUAACCUCGGCCACUUCUCCAGCUACGUGUCAUUCUCUCAGCUCACACAAUUCAACAUUUCUUUGUUUGGAUCUUUGGACCUGCUGACCCCUAGCCAAGCAGCUGAACUCACCGUGAGCUCUGGUGUACUGAACAGCACAAGCCAGAUUGACCUGGUGUUCAAUCGACUAGAGAAAGGCGAUGCUUUCACAAACGUGGAUGACUUUUUCUCAGUCCUCUCUGGUCAGAAGAUUCAUGAUAUCAUCCCUGCAGUCAGAGAUGUGAUGCUGAAUCGAACCUUCACAAUCAUCAGCGUUAAGUUUUCACAGUUUCAAACAUCUGACUGGAUGCACUGGUUUAAGGUCAAUCUCAUCACUCUCUUGCCCAGUUUCACUGCGGAGAUGCUCACUAAGGCAAUGUCUGGCAUCAGCUGUACCAACUAUCAAGUGAUCGUUGAAGCACUGAGCAACGUUUCUGUGAACAUGCCAGUAAAUAGAAAUCAGGCACUUGGGGCAGUUCUGUUGGCGUACCUAAAGCAAUCCACACAACAAAUAAAUCAAACAGCAUGCAGAGGGAUCAACCAGACAGAUGCAGACUGGCUCAGUGCUAACCUCGGCCACUUCUCCAGCUACAUGUCAUUCUCUCAGCUCACACAAUUCAACAUUUCUUGGUUUGGAUCUUUGGACCUGCUGACCCCUAGCCAAGCAGCUGAACUCACCGUGAGCUCUGGUGUACUGAACAGCACAAGCCAGAUUGACCUGGUGUUCAAUCGACUAGAGAAAGGCGAUGCUUUCACAAACGUGGAUGACUUUUUCUCAGUCCUCUCUGGUCAGAAGAUUCAUGAUAUCAACCCUGCAGUCAGAGAUGUGAUGCUGAAUCGAACCUUCACAAUCAUCAGCGUUAAGUUUUCACAGUUUCAAACAUCUGACUGGAUGCACUGGUUUAAGGUCAAUCUCAUCACUCUCUUGCCCAGUUUCACUGUGGAGAUGCUCACUAAGGCAAUGUCUGGCAUCAGCUGUACCAACUAUCAAGUGAUCGUUGAGGCACUGAGCAACGUUUCUGUGAACAUGCCAGUAAAUAGAAAUCAGGCACUUGGGGCAGUUCUGUUGGCGUACCUAAAGCAAUCCACACAACAAAUAAAUCAAACAGCAUGCAGAGGGAUCAACCAGACAGAUGCAGACUGGCUCAGUGCUAACCUCGGCCACUUCUCCAGCUACGUGUCAUUCUCUCAGCUCACACAAUUCAACAUUUCUUUGUUUGGAUCUUUGGACCUGCUGACCCCUAGCCAAGCAGCUGAACUCACCGUGAGCUCUGGUGUACUGAACAGCACAAGCCAGAUUGACCUGGUGUUCAAUCGACUAGAGAAAGGCGAUGCUUUCACAAACAUGGAUGACUUUUUCUCAGUCCUCUCUGGUCAGAAGAUUCAUGAUAUCAACCCUGCAGUCAGAGAUGUGAUGCUGAAUCGAACCUUCACAAUCAUCAGCGUUAAGUUUUCACAGUUUCAAACAUCUGACUGGAUGCACUGGUUUAAGGUCAAUCUCAUCACUCUCUUGCCCAGUUUCACUGUGGAGAUGCUCACUAAGGCAAUGUCUGGCAUCAGCUGUACCAACUAUCAAGUGAUCGUUGAAGCACUGAGCAACGUUUCUGUGAACAUGCCAGUAAAUAGAAAUCAGGCACUUGGGGCAGUUCUGUUGGCGUACCUAAAGCAAUCCACACAACAAAUAAAUCAAACAGCAUGCAGAGGGAUCAACCAGACAGAUGCAGACUGGCUCAGUGCUAACCUCGGCCACUUCUCCAGCUACGUGUCAUUCUCUCAGCUCACAAAAUUCAACAUUUCUUUGUUUGGAUCUUUGGACCUGCUGACCCCUAGCCAAGCAGCUGAACUCACCGUGAGCUCUGGUGUACUGAACAGCACAAGCCAGAUUGACCUGGUGUUCAAUCGACUAGAGAAAGGCGAUGCUUUCACAAACGUGGAUGACUUUUUCUCAGUCCUCUCUGGUCAGAAGAUUCAUGAUAUCAAUCCUGCAGUCAGAGAUGUGAUGCUGAAUCGAACCUUCACAAUAAUCAGCAUUAAGUUUUCACAGUUUCAAACAUCUGACUGGAUGCACUGGUUUAAGUUCAAUCUCAUCACUCUCUUGCCCAGUUUCACUGCGGAGAUGCUUACUAAGUCAAUGUCAGGCAUCAGCUGUACCAACUAUCAAGUGAAUGCAGCAGAGGUUCUAACUCUGUCACAACUAGCAGAACUUUGCUCUACUCCUUCUAGUCUCCAAGGCCCUCAGGAUGUAAACACUGUGAUGGCGGCUGUCAAGCCGGACCAGUUUGCCGCCUUCUUUGACAUCCUCACUCCCAACAUCCAGCGUAAUGCAUCACUGUACUCAAGUGAGGUGAAGGAAGCUUUCCUCCAGGCUGUUCUGGUGAGAGGUGGACUUUCCUCUGCAGCAGUGCCUGAUUCAGAAGUGUUGCAAGUGAGCAGUUUGGACUCUAUGAGAUCGUCUUUCAACAGCGACACACAGACCCAAAUCUACAGCAACAUCCAGCAGCUCCUCACUGGGCCGAAUGGUUUGGGCUGCUACAACGGCGGGAGCUUCUAUGCCUUCCUCAAGAACUCCUUCCUCAGUUUUGGGUUUCCUGACCUGAGUGCCUUUUUGUCCCUCAUCCCAGCCAGCCGACAGCGAGAGCUGUUGGGCUCCAUCUCUCCAGGAGAACUGAGUGAGUUUCUGAAUGGGUCGACCACAGUCAGGAAUGAGCCAGAUCUCUGCACGCUCCUCAACAACUACAACAGCACCAACCAGUACCUGCAGAUGCAUCGCAGACAGGGGCAGGUCUCGAACAAGUGA